AGUGCCACAUCCACACGGUUCUGGAACACCUCCAGGGGUGACUGCACCACCUCCCUGUGCCACUGCAUCACCGCCCUUCCUGACCAGACUUUGCACAGGAAAGAAUAUUAACAAUUAACAAAAAAAAAAAAAAAAAAAAAGAAAAAAGCACUACAAUGAUAAAAGCUGUAUUUCACCAACUAACCCCAGCUUGAGAAAGCUCUUCCAGAGGGCAUCAGGGCUAAGCACCAUGACUGAUGCCAACUCUGUGCGGCCAUCACAGCAGCUGCCUUAGCUGCAGAUAGAGAGGUGCAAACUCACCUGCAGGAAAGGAGAACAGCAUGGAACAUGCAGUUAAUGUAAAACACGAUGGGAGAUAAAAAUACUGGCUGGUGAUGGCUCCGCAUGCUGUUUUGUUUUCACUCAGCCAUGACUGGAAGAAAUCAAAGACUUGUGGGUGGCCAGAGAAUUUAUCACUCAAUUGCCACUCUUGCCAUCCCUUGCCAAGUAAGAAACUCAGUUGCUCAUGAAUUGGAUUACAGAAAUCACCAUAUAAGUAAGAUAAAAUGCUGGACACUCAGAGAGAAAAACAAACGCUGCAUUUCUUAAAACAAAGCAAAACAAAAACCAACAAAUACAAAACCAACCCAAGCCCCACUUAUCAACACACUCAUCAGGCAAGAAGUAACUGCAACAGGUAAGGAGUUAAUUAGUUGGGUGGUUCAUCUGGCUGUCUUCAGUCUAAGGCCAAUUCAGACAAGAAUUUCAGUUUGAUUUGUGGUUCAACAUCACUUUUUCAUAACAGUGUCCCUUAACACAAGAUUAGGCUACAUACAAAGAUUUUUUUCCUAACAGAAAUGCUUGGUUUACUAACCAGAAUACUCCAGCACUGUCCCAGAGAAAAGAUGUAUUAAUGCAUUCGUUUAAAUUUCUGAUCAUUCACAUUUUCCCUGUUGGAUCUUUCACAACUGUAAAGGAUGCUUCCAGUCAUGAGGAGUUUUUGUUUCACCUCAUGUCACCUGAAUGCAAACUCCUCUGGCCAAAAUACCCACAGACUUAAGACUGUAUCACAUUUAUGCACCUAAAAGAGAGGAGGCAAAUUCUGAAUGGGAUACUGAGGGCUAUUACCCCUUGGCUCCAUGUUAUGAGGGCAUGGUAAAAUGAAAAUCCCUUUGGAAGUGGCUCCCCAAAGCCAAACCCAGCAAAACACACCAUCUCUCAGAGACAAAAUACAGGUGGUCACCUGGACAGGCAGCAACUAUGGCUGAGCUAAUACAGGCACAUACUUAGCCUUUGACUUGGCGAAGAACUAUAAAGUUUAAAGCUAAGAGCAUUGUUUCCUAACAAAUUCCUUCUUUGAAUUACAGAGUGCUAUGAUCCACACAGCAUCCCCUCUGCUGCAGCGUCUCAGCUGCCAUCUCAGAAAGCAAUAAUUCCUUGGGGAAGGGGGAUCACUGCUGGGAAAGCCAAUACAUCACAGCAACACCACAAUGGGAAUAACUGUCCAGAACAUCACAGGAAACACAGCAAUGGUGAUUUGGCCCAGAAUGGCCAGCUGUGCCGACAGCUUUUACAGUGUCAUGUAUCACCCCAAUUGGAACAGCGUGCUGUCCAGCUACUCCAGGAAGAGCUUCCAGAAGGAGGAGAGGGUGCCUGCCAGCCGCUCCUCAUUUGUGGUGGAAAACCUCACCCCGCUGACCACGUACCUCCUGUGUGUCACCUGCCAGUCCGCCAGCCCUUCCAGUGACCAGUGCCAGGUGUUCAACACGCUGGAACAAGACCCGGCAUCUGCUAGCACCACCAAGAAGGAGCUGGCAUUGGGCAUCUGGCUGGCCAGCAGCCUCCUGCUGCUCAUCAUUGCCGCAAUCCUCCUCUACGGCUGCCUGCAUCUGCUGUGCCGUGCAAGGCGUGAGCAGUCACAGGGCCGAGCCGGGGCCUCCCACAGGGAGGCACAUGACGUGGAGGAGCCCAGCAGGCAGAACCAAGUGCUGCAGGACAGCGAGGAGAGGCAGCCAGAUGGCAUCCAGCUGGCCACCAUCAUUGAGAAUCCUGCAGUCUGCAGGGAGCCUGGCCAGCUGGUCUCCAGCAGCCGGGAACGAGCGCCCGCAGCAGGACAGUGCCCCGCUAUCAGUUGGGAACCUUAGGUCACGGCAGAGCCGUACUCCCAUCUGUGCCUGCUGCCUUUGUGGCCCUUUCCAAUGCCCUCACGCAGCCACUGAUGCCCUGGGCGAAAGCUGAGGUUCCCCAGAAGCUUGCUAGUUAAAAAAGAAGCAUAGAGCAAGCCAUGGACUUGCAUCUGGGAGCAGAUUUGGUUGCUUUCCUUUCAUAGAAAUGAGCAAAAAGACAAAAAAACAAACAUAAACA